CCAGAGAUGCCAAUGGCGGUUAAACAGUGAAGGAUUGAAUGACUUAAUAGGAUAAAUAUCAACAAUGACGAUCAGUAGAGAAAAUAUGACUAGUGAAGCCACAGCACAGGACAUCGGUGGAAUAUUUUCGAUAUUUGUAGAAACCGCCACAAUCUUUGUGAAUAUCUUGCCUUUGGUUGUUGUUAUUCGUGGAAAAACAUAUCGAACGCGAUCCACGACAGAGGAUAUAAUUUUAGUGUUGAGUUUACUGUACAUUUUUUCAGCUCUAAUUCCAACUCCAAUAGCUCAUGUCAGUUACUUCAAAAAUACUUGGAUAGGGGGUGAAAUAACAUGUAAAUUAUAUCAAUUUCUCAUGCACACAUUGCGAACUUCCACCCUCUGCACUGUGGCAAUACUAAGCUUGAAUCAGACAAUAUAUAUUUUUCAUUUUCUUAAUAUGAAAGAAUACACAUAUUUACUGAGUGCAAAAACUAAAGUUAUCUGCAUCAUUCUUUUAAAUAUUAUUGGGUGCAUGGUCAUAGCUUUUAUGCCUCUAGUUGGUCUUGGACCAGUAACUUACCAAAGUGAGCGCUGUGAGUUUUGGCUCAUUCAGAAACUUGAAAAUGUUAAUGAAUAUGCAUUCCUUAUUUUAUUCCUGUGUUUUGCAACCUGUAACAUUCUCCUUAUUUUAAUGUCCAGUCUUAUUUCUCUGUGCUGCAAGAACCUUAUCAAAAGGAAAAUGUGUAUCUCGACCAGUGUCAAUGAAGAAGGUGGAUAUCAGUGGCAGACGGUUGGAACGCGUGUUCUAACUGGGAGUAAUUUAGUGUUGGCAGUGUCCAUCCCCGUUAUCAUAACCUGGGUACCCACUAUGCUACUUGUGCUUAUGAGAGAAGUUGGAGUUAAUGUUAGUGAUGUAUCGAUUUUAUACGCCUUACUCAGUACUUCCGUGUCCGGUUUGGUGAACCCAAUCAUUUAUGGACUCUGUGAUGUUAACUUCCGUCGACGCUAUCGACGUUUGUUCAUGGCUCUCUGCAACAUCAAACAAAUGGCACCAAUAACUGAUCAAGUCGUUACACGGACAGCCUCAGGAGUAGAGACAUUAACUCCUGACAGGAGAUCACGUGGACACGUGCAAUCCUCGUCCUCCACGGGAUUUCUAAAUUCAGCAUUUGAAAGUCAAACAACAUCAGAGUUCACAUCCUAUCAGCCGUCAGAGGAAGCAGUAGAGACGAUACUAAAAGAGGAAUCUUCAUUGCCGUCAGAAGGAACUCAACUUUUGGCGGGUAAAAAUGUGAGAAAUUCUGUUAAAUCUAGGAAAGGGGAGAAAUCUUGUAUCAUUCCAGAGGAGUCUUCUUCAGCAGAAUUCUCUGAGGAACUUGAUCUUUAUGAGGAAUUAUCCUCCGGCAGAUCUAGCGAAGAGGAGGACAGCCUCAAUGGAGUAAACGAAACAUUCAUUUGAUGUUUUAUGCGUUUUUUUCUUUGGGGGACAAUCAUUGUGUAUAUGUUUUUGAAGUGUGUGUAAUUCAUGAGAGUAUUUAUAUUUAAUAAUACAACAUACAUGAUAAGCUUGAAAUUUUUAAGAAAACCCAUAUUUGAUCCUUUAGCUGAGAAGUACUGUAAAAAUGCUUACGUACAAAAUUCCCUUGAAAAAUCUGAGAGGACUUACAGAAGAUCAUAAACAUUACUUCAGUAUUUUAGUACCAAAUUGACUUUGGAAGAACAGAUGGUGAGGAAAAAAAAUUACUGUGCUCGAGAGAGAAAAAAUUCUGGAGGGUAAAUAUGAUUUCAUACGAUAUUAUUUCGAUGUACAUAAAUAUUUAUGUAUUGAAAUUUUAAAAUAGGGGCUGGAGCUAUGAAUAAAAGUUUUCCUGUGACUCUUUGUACUUUAAAAUCAGCGGGAUCAUAGAAAAACUUCACGAAAGUGGGUGUUUACCUUUCAAGACCGCGGAUAUUGUUAC